ACCCAGUAGGCUAGGAAAUGGGAAGGCUUUGUAUGAAAUGAAACUCAACCAAAUUGCAAAGCAGGGACUAACACACCAGACAUUAACAAGCCCAUAUUAAGUUAUUCCGUCAAGAGUUGUAGGAGUACUUCAGCUGAAAAGAAAAAAAACUCCUAUUUGGGAUCUGCAAAGAUGAUACAAGUUAGUGUUGCGCUACGUUGGAUCUUUGUGCUGUUUGUAGCAUAUUGUGCGGACCAGUCCUCUGUUCAGUGCCAACAUUCAGAUUAUAAGCGUCCGGAGGAGCUGAGACUGAUCCUUGUUGGAAAAACCGGCUCAGGAAAGAGCGCAAGUGCAAACACCAUUUUGGGACGUAAGGACGCCUUUAAAGAAGACAUCUCCCCUGGAUCUGUGACAGAGCACUGCCAGAGAGAGCAGGUGACCAGAGACGGACGGACCAUCGUCGUGGUCGACAGCCCCGGCCUCUUCGACACAAACCAAACUACAAAGGUCAUAGGAGAAAAAAUAGAGGCGUGUGUCGAGAAGUCCGUUCCAGGGCCCCAUGCGAUUCUGCUGGUGAUCAGUCUGAAGGCCAGAUUCACUGAGGAAGAGCGCAGUGCUGUAGAGUGGAUCGAGACUAACUUUGGCUCUGAUUCUUCCAUGUACAUCAUCAUUCUGUUCACCCAUGGAGACAUGCUGGGAGGGAAAACAGUGGAGCAGUUUGUGAGCGAAAGUAAACAUUUAAAGAGAGUCCUCAAUAAUUGUGGGGGGAGAUAUUUUUCACUGAUCAACGGCCUGGGUAGUGACCCCAAGCAGGUUCAAAAACUUUUAAAAAUGGUUGAGGAAAUGGUGAAUUUCAAUGGAGGGAAGCAUUACACCAAUAGCAUGUACAAGGAAGCUCAGAGGAAAAUUGAAGAGGAAGAAAUUAGGAGAAAUGCUGAACAAGAGAAAGAAGAAGAAGAGAAGUAUCAAAAAUUGCAGAGCAAGGCACUCCUUUCGGUGAUGGUUGGAGCAUUGUGUGGCAGUUUAUUGUUGCCCUCACAUCAAAUAGUAUUUGUCGCUAGAGGAAUACUUUCUAUUGCCACCGGCUACACAUUUAUGCUGAAGACCUUUUUCGAAUAGGCUAAAUGAAGGGUGAUUGUAUGACCAUACAUUUAUGUAUGCAGUGCCUGACAAAAGGGUUCAACCCCCAUGCAAAAUUAUUAAUUUCACCGGAUAACAAUUAAUACAUUAACAUUUUUCUGCAUGAUAUUUUAAUUGACCACGAUAAUACUUUAAUGAAUUACUAUUAAGUACAGUUACAUGGGUAUUGCAGAACAAAAUAAGUAAUUUCUGGGAGGUAAAAAUUAUACAAUUUUCCUGAUUAUGCUCAAAGUUGUGUUAAACGGGACAAUUAUACAGGUUUGCAAUGUAAUUGUAACAAUGUUUUUAAAUUCAAUUUUAAACUAGGGUAGGUAAUUUGGAGAAGUUAGCCAGAGUAAGCAUGAAAUUUUAAUGUUGGAUAAGUAUCCAAUAGAAAAAAAUCCUACCCCUUCCUCCAAAGCCUCUCCCCCAAACCACAAGACUGCUAUAGCUUUAGCUGAAUGUCUGCCCAGCCUUUGGGAAGACUCCAGUCAUGCACAAUGAGUCAUGCACUCUGCAUGGCCAGAGUGUGCACAGGUAGCCGGGUAGGAAGACAGACCGGUCCGCUAUACAAUCAUUUAUUCAUGCUGAAUUGCACAAUUGGGUGGGUUUAUUAUAGCUCUGGGACAGCUGCGGAUACUGUAUUUUUUCAUCUUUUCCUUUUGACCAAGCGUUUGAUUUAUUGAUUACUGUUGGGAUUUCAAGAGAAAUCAACAAAUAUGACAAUGCUUCAAAAAUGAAUUGCUUAACCUAUCUUUAAUCCAUUUAACAUUGAAUGUUAUAAUAGGAUUAAGAUUAGUUAUGGUUAUGGCAAAACACCCAUUUGAAUAAAGAGAUUUUACUGAGUUCCUUA